AUGGUAUAUCAUUGUUAUUAUUCUUUCUUAGAAUAGCAAACUUAGUGGGAAGAUUAAAAAGCCACCUGUCGUAGAGGAAAUAUAAAAACAGAAGAAUAGAUAUAAUCAGUAGUAAAAAAUGUAAGGAAUGGAGAUGCAUCUCAUCCAGAAGUGGUCCUCAUAGGGGAAGCAGAAUUAUAAAGAAUGAAGAAUAAUGCUAUUAUAACGACCAAAGAAGAAUAAUUAUACUAGAAAAAAUUGCUUGAGGAGUAAAAAGAGAAGUAAAUGGCUGCAGCAAAAGCCAAAAAGCAAAAGAUGUUACAAAUGGAGGAAGAGAAGAAAAAAUAAGUACCUCUCUCAGAUCAGCAAGAAGAAGAUAAGGUAGUUAAAGAUUCACUUCUGGCAAGGGCAUCAGAAAUCAUGAAUGAAUAGAUGGAUGAUGUAAAGGAAAUGAACAAAAUGGUUAUGUAUGCAAAAUGUGUAACUGUUCGAGAUAAGCAAUUAAAAGAGAAGAAAGAACUUCAUGAAUAAUAUAAAGUGUAAGAGAAACGUAAGGAUUUAAUGAUGGAAAUUGAACGACUUAAAUCCAUUAAAUAUCAUGAGGAAAAAGAUAAAUAAAGAAAAGUUGAGUAAAAGCAUGGUCAUGAUAUUAUUAUUGAAUAAAUAAAGGAAAGAGAACUCAUUCGUUUAAAAGAUAAGGAAGAAUAAGAAAGAGAGGGUUAGGUCAUGCUUAAAUAGAUUAAACAACUGUAAAUAGAAGAAUAAUAGAAAGCUAUGCAGAAGAAGGUUACUUAAUAGAAGGUUUAAGAAGAAAUUUUGGAGGCUAAUGAUAGAGCUAUUUUGGUUAAAGAGAAGAGAAAGUUAGAAGAAAGAGAGGAAGAAGAAAUGAUUGUCAAAUACAAUUUGCAAAAGGCAUAGAAGGAAGCAGAAUUGUUAGAGGAGUAACGAAGAAUCAAAGAAGAAAAAGAAAGAGAAGUUUAAAGAUUGAGAGAAAUGCAGGAAAAAGCACAAGAUAGAUAGGCAGAAUUGGAUGCACUAAGAGCCAAAAGAGCUAUGGAAUAAAAUGAAAGAUAAGCAAGAGAAAAAGAAAGGAAGGAAGCAGAAUGGAAAAUGAAAUUAAAUCAUGAGGUCUAAGAGGCUAGAAAAUUAUAAUAAUCUGAAAAAUAAGAACGAUUAGAAGAAUAAAAAGAGAUGAAUUUUAGAGAGUUAUAUUAGAAACAAAAAUAAGAAAGAGAAAAUGAAUUGAAGUUGCAUCAUGAAAAAGAGGCAUUAGUAAAAAAGCAUGCUGAUGAACUCAGAAAACAGAUAUCUCUUAAUGAAGAAAAGAGAAAAUAGGAAGAAAGAGAUAAAUUAGAGGAAGGCAAGAAAAUUAGAGAUAAAAUGCUAAAUGAGAAGAAAUUAUUAGAGAAUAUCAAGGAAACUAAAUUAAAGACGUUAAAUGAAAACUCUAUUCCAGAUAAAUAUAAAGCAGAAUUAGCUAGGAAAAAAAUUAAUAUAUUAAUUUGA